AUGGUCGAGUCCUUUGACAUUCAGAACCUCCUCCAGACGGGGUACUUUACAACAUCCCGGGCCAAGAGCCCAAAGCCGCAAUCAUCCUCACAGUUCGAAGCUAGCUCCCACUCCAAACCUACGUCGUCUUAUUCCUCGUCCUAUCAGUCGACUUACCAACAAUCCGCACGACCGUAUUCCUCUAACUCGUCGCGUGCGCCAAGGGUCCGCCCGCCGCCACCUUCUGUUGAAGAUGAGGAAACCUCACUCAAGAGAGAACAUGGGUCAUACUAUGUCAAGAACCCAGAGGGCGAACCUCCGUCCCGGGGAGAAAUCGACCAGACUCCAUUGAUUAUGGAAGUUCAUGAGUACAAUCCAGAGCGUCGUUUCGUCAUCUUGACAGGCUCGUCGAGUGGAUCCGAAGGCGGGGAGACAGAGCGGAAGACAGUGCCAGUGCAACCACGACAAGAGCGUGUUGAGAAACCGCCGCGUUUCGAGAGACCGGACCGACCAGAACGAUUCGAGCGAUCAGAGCGCACUGAAAAGCCUGAACGGGUUGGGAGAUCUGAACGAGUUGAGCGAUCCGAGCGACCUGAACGAGUCGAGAGGCCUGCACGAACUGAGAGGCCUGAGCGGGGCGAACGAAACGAGCGGAUUGAACGAAACGAGCGACCUGAACGAAAUGAGCGGGUUGAACGGGUUGAGCGAAACGAAAAACCGUCCAGCGAUACUCAUGCCGAUACGAAGUCAAGUCGACGAUACGACACCAAUCUCAACACCGGCGCGCCAACAAGCAGAGAUCGCAGCAGGCCUCCAUUGGAGAAGCGCCGAAGUCGGCAAGACUUGCCCCGACUUGACACUGAAUUUAGGGACGACCAGCUGCCCGAAAAGUAUCGUAGUCGCCCGUCUGCUGCAGCAAGCAGCCGACCAGACCAACCUCCUGUGCGACCACCAAAGAUUCCAAUCGACCCACCACUUCCACCUGAAGUUAUCAAGCAUAGCGCAGGCGGCCGUGAGAAGGCCUACCAUAGUUAUGCGCAUCCUCAGAGUUCCAGUCGCAGAUCGCCAACUCGACCAACUUAUUCCACCAAUCUGCCAGAUGACCGACGAUAUGAGGGAACUCAUACCCGCACCUCUUCAACUGCAUCCACUUCCAAGCGCUCAAACGUUGAACCUGAGAAGCCAGCUCGACCACUUUCGAAAGAGAGGGUUGGUGAAACUCCUUACCGCAGCGAGUACGUACCACCCAGGACCACCAAAAAGGAGAGGUCGCCCUCAUAUGGUCGAGCAGACCGAGAGGACCUUGGCCGGGCUUCGACAUACCCCUCUCGAGAGACAGCACCUCGCCGAGAUGAUCGUCGAGACGAGCGUAGGGAUGACCGCCGUGAUGACCGUCGUGACGAUCGUCGUGACGGACGUGACAACCGCGAUGGUCGCGACGACCGUGGGGAUGAUAACCGCUCUGGUGACGAGCAUCCCAAGGGGCCACGGGAACUCCACGCACGGCGGAAAAAGUCUGUCAUACUUCAGGACGAACGCGACUCACAGUCCAAACUUGAAAAAGUCGACGCCCCUACUGGCCCCAGGUCUGGACCUCGAUUACCUAUGGUGCCUAUACCAAUUCCGAUUACCUCUGGUUCCAGCUCCGCUCCUUCAGAUGACUUGCCUCCAAACCCACGAGCUGCAGCAACUUUCCCAACUGCUGGAGACUUACAUGCUCUCCCCGAGAGACCCAAGAACGAACUUCCCUAUCCCGUGGAUGACGAACCAUUUGAUCCUCUUGAUCCCCGGGGAAGCAUUGAACGAUUCAGCAGGCCACGAUCUCGCUACGAGGUAGACCCGAUCGUCUCUAUGCCUGAUAUCCCGAUACCCGUUCCUAUCGGUGGCCCUGAAACACCCCUCGAGAUGAGACCUGCAUCAGCCAUACCGUCAAGUGUACGUCCUCCUCUCUCGUCGCAGCCAUGGCAACCACCGGCUUUCGAUCCUAAUCGAGACGGGGUUUACCUGGAGAAACCCGUUGGUGCCGUUCGGCGACACUCGGAGCAUACAGAAGCGACCGGUGGCACCACGUUCCCGGAGUGCCGACGCAAACAUCCUGUAGCAGGCUUGUUCGACUGGCUCACUUUGCCACGGACAGACUUCAAUAUCUGCCCGGACUGUUACGGUGCUGUCUUUUCGAAGACCGAGUACCGACACCUCUUCCAGCCCAUGCUUCGCCCGACGGACAGGCCUAUCGCCUGUGACUUUGGCGUUGGCCCUUGGUAUCGCAUAGCCUGGCUUCUCACCCUGAAGAACAACUUGCCAGACUUGCGGUUGUUCCACGAUGUUGCCAGCGUCAUCUCUGAUACUAAAAACAUUCCAUGCCCUGGUGACAGGACAACUAUUCGUAAUUGGCUGACGCUUUACAAUCCGUACACGCGACAGCUUGUCUACGAUUUCACCGUUUGCCCCCAGUGCGCCAAGAUCAUACAGGCUUUGCUUCCUAACCUUACUGGCAUUUUUAUUCCCCUUGAUUCCCGCUCAGAGCCGACAAGGGGCCUUUGCGCAAUGCGAUUCAAGCCGAAGCGGAAACGGUUCGUCAUGUAUUUCGACGCCAUGGAGACCACCUCGGAUCAAGCCCGCCUGGAACACGAGGAGCCAGAUAUCAAGAGUCUUGCUCAAGAGGUGGAAAGAAUGGCUGCCGUCAGCGAAUGUCAGGAGGACACACCCAUUCACAACGGGUAUUGGCACACCAUGCAGUUCCUCCGUCAGUUCUCUGUCUGCGGCGAGUGCUUUGACGAGGUUGUCCGGCCAUUGAUUAAAGGCGACAAUGUUAUUGCUCGCAACUUUUAUAUGAACCCCCAGAGGUUACCGGUGGCAACAUGCCAACUCUACUCUCCCAGAAUGAGGGAGAUCUUCCAAAAGGCUUGUCGUUGGAAUGACCCCAAGUACCUAGAAAACAAGGUCAUUGAGCGGAUGGAUAUUGAGGCCAGGAUUCACGACAAGCUGGCCAAAUUGGACAGGUCAGGAAACGAUGAGGAGUGGGUGGAUGAACAGGUGGACAAGUUGAUCCAGGAGUGGAAGAGAUGGGAGUGA